CUCCUAGGAGUGUCAUGUAACGAGUGAAAAUUUUCAUGUGAAAACAGAAAAUGGCUUCAAGAGGAACGACAGAGACCAGUAAACUAAAACAAAAUUUGGAAGAGCAGUUGGAUAGAUUAAUGCAGCAGCUUCAAGAUCUGGAGGAGUGCAGAGAGGAGCUCGAUGCAGAUGAGUAUGAAGAGACCAAAAAAGAAACUCUAGAACAGCUGAGUGAGAUCAAUGACUCGCUGAAGAAGAUAAUGUCUGGAGAUAUGACUUUGGUGGACGAACUCAGUGGAAUGCAACUGGCAAUACAAGCAGCCAUCAGCCAAGCCUUUAAAACUCCAGAAGUAAUUAGAAUGUUUGCGAAGAAACAGCCAAGGCAAUUGAGGACAAGGUUGGCAGAGAUGGACCGAGACUUAAUGGUGGGGAAGUUGGGACGAGACCUGUACACACAGCAGAAAGUGGAAAUCCUGACUGCCCUCAGAAAGCUCGGUGAGAAGCUCACUCCAGAUGAUGAGAUGUUCUUGUCAGCAAAUGCUGGUACAGCCCUGAGCCAGUUUGAGAGAGUCUCCGCUGACCUUGGAUCAGGAGACAAAGUCUUUGCUCUAGCAAGUUUUGAAGUAGAAAAGGCAAAACAGUGAAGAGGUGCGUGAAGCUUGUGUCUCUCCAGUUAUCAGCAGCAUUGGACUUCUGUCAUAUUGCAUUUGUUUUUUCUAUUUUUAACAUGUUGGAAACAAAAGAAAUGCAAGCAAAAACAAAACAAAAAAAAACCAAACCUUAAACCACUUGGGUUCUUAACGAGAAGAUAUGAAGUAAACAGCCUUAAGUGCACUUUGGAACAUUGGUGUCUGAACCCCUUAGUAACAUAAGCUCUGAGGCUGAACACUAAGGGGUACUCUAAAAACAAAAGCGUGAUGUGACUGUCUCUGGAAAGAAUCAGCCAUGUCGAACGUUUCUGAAUGUGUAUUUCUCUAACUAUUAAAACGUAAUCUUUUUGC